UUUAAUGUUUGGUCUUUUCACAUAUUUAUUAGGUGCUUCUUUAAAGUUGAGGAGGGUAGGUAAAGACCCCAUCUUUUAUAAGAGCAUACAUAUAGCAAGGAAGAAAGUGAAGGCUAGUGGGGUUGAAGAAUGGAGAAAGAGGAGUUGAAAUGGGAGCAAAAUGAGGUGGAAGUUGAAGAAGACGAGGUGAGUCUUCAAGUACGAAGCUCUAAAGUUACUAAAAGAGUAACCAAUGGGAAAAUUGAGACAAAUGUGCAUGCAAAUUCUUUCCUAGAGAUCACUAAUGGAACAGAAAAAUCUGAUCUUGGUGAUGAACAAGAAAGGUCAAUGGAGCAGCUUUCAGAUUCCAAUAAUGGGGUUGAAGUUGUAGAGGAAACUGAACCAAAAGAAGUGUCAGUUCUGCAAAUUGUAGCUUCAAAUAAUGGGGUUGAAGUUGAAGAGGGAAUUGAACAAAAUGAAGAGUCAGUUGAGCAGAUUGUAGUUUCAAAUAAUGGGGUUGAAGAGGAAACAGAAAAAUCUGAUCUUGGUGAUGAACAAGAAAGGUUAGAGGAGCAUCUUUCAGAUUCCAAUUAUGGGGUUGAAGAGGGAAAUGAAGCUAAAGAAGAGUCAGUUCAGCAGAUUGUAGUUUCAAAUAAUGGGGUUGAAGAGGUUACAGAAAAAUCUGAUCUUGGUGAUGGACAUGAAAGGCCAAAGGAGCAUCUCUCAGAUUCCAAUAAUGGGGUUGAAGAGGGAACUGAAGCAAAAGAAGAGGUAGUUCAGCAGAUUGUAGUUUCAAAUAAUGGGGUCGAAGAGGGAACAACAAAAUCUGAUCUUGGUGAUGAACAAGAAAGGUCAGAGGAGGAGCAGCUUUCAGAUUUCAAUAAUGGGGUUGAAGCUGAAGAGGAAACAAAAGAAGAGUCAAUUCACAAGAUUGUAGAUUUAAACAAUGGGGUUGAAGUUGAAGAGGGAACUGAAUCAAAAGAAGAGUCACUUCAGCAUCUUGUAGCUUCAAAUAUUGGGGUUGAAGAGGAAACUGAACAAGAAGAAGAGUCAGUUCAGCACACUGUGGCUUCAAAUAAUGGGGUUGAAGAGGGAAUAGAACCAAAAGAAGUGUCAGUUCAGCAAAUUUUAGCUUCAAAUAAUGGGGUUGAAGAAGGAACUGCACCAAAAGAAGUGUCAGUUCAGCAGAUUGUAGCUUCAAAUUAUGGAGUUGAAGAGGGAACAGAAGCUAAAGAAGUGGCAAACCAGCAUCUUGUGGCUUCAACUAAUGGGGUUGAAGAGGGAACUAAAGCUGAAGAAGGGCCCUUCAGAUCAGGCCAUUCUAUCUAUUAUGAAAAAGAUGAAGGAAUAUGGAAGUGUCGAACCUGCAGUUGGACUUUGCAAGGCAAAAGCCUAGGUAUUGGUUGGACAAAGAUUCCUAGGGGCCACCACUUGGAUAAGCUGAUGAAUAACCCCAUGUUAGAUCAGAGGGGACUUUUAUUCAGUUUUGGAAUUAAAGAUAGUAACUUCAUUUCUACACGUUCCAUAAAGGAGAAAAUCGAACUUAAUGGGUAUUUGAAGAGUGACAACUUGUCAAGUUCCAGUGCUCAGCCUUCAAAAGAUCUUUCAGAAUAUCACAGCAUUGUUCGUCAGUCCACAGCCAUUGAUGAAAUAGAAAGUGCAGAAACUGAGCUGAUACACGACAGUGACACUGAUGUAAAAGAUUUUGAUGUCGAGAAUGUAAUUCAGAAGCAGAAUACUCAUGAUCUUUAUUGCCCUAAUUGCAAGUCAUGCAUCACUAGGAGGGUUAUUCUUCGUAAAAGAAAGCGUAAAAUUCGGGUUUCUGGCGAUGAUGUCAAGCGUAACAAACUUGAAGUUGUAGCUGACUCCAAAGGGGAUGCUAGUCAUGCACAGGCAACUGAUGUUGAAGUACGUGAUGGAGCCCACAGUUCUCUUGAUGGUAUUCCACCAUUGGCAGCAGAUGACUACCAGCCUGAUAGAGAGCCAGAGAUAUUCAGAUGCUUAUCUUGCUUCAGCUUUUUUAUUCCAACAGGGAAUGGAUUCAGAUUGUUCCGAAGAGAGAAAGGUGAUAAAGAAACUGUCAAAGCUGAACAACAAAAAGUCAAAGGUGAACAGACACCUACAACGAACAAAAAUUGGUUCUCUUCUGUCUUUGCAUUAGAUAAGGGAAAAGCAUCAGUUGAGCAAGGAAGUGGUAGUGGGGCAAAUGCAGUGAAAAAUGAUGCCGGAGUACUUACGCCAUCAGAUAAUUUCAAAGAUCAGAGUGCCAAGCCCUUAUUGAUUAAAGAAUCUGCCCCACCUGCAUAUUCCAGCAGUGAAAUCACUCAGGAAGCUGGAGGGAAAUUUUUAGGAUGGGAGAAUCAAUAUGCAAACAUGAAGGGGAAAAUGGUGAGUAAUACAGUGGGUAAAUCAGAGAAUGCAGCAACGAAUCAAGAAGGAUUUUCUGUCCUUGACAUCUUUGAAGUAGAGACUCGUAAUCAGCCAGACGCCUCAGCCUCUUCUAAGGAAGUUCAAGGAAAUGAAAGGGAUAAACUGUUAAAAACUGCUGGUGGAGUUCAAGUUAGUAAUGGGAAUCUUGUGCAGGAAAGUCUGCCAGCAUCUAAUGAUAGGAAGGAUGAGCUGUUAAGAACCGGUGGCAGAAUUCAAGUUAGAAAUGGAAAUCGUGUGCAGGAAAGUCUGCCAGCAUCUAAUGAUAGGAAGGAUGAGCUGUUAAGAACAGGUGGCAGAAUUCAAGUUAGUAAUGGAAAUCUUGUGCAGGACAGUGUGCCAGCACCUCAACAAAAUGAACUAAACCUUCUGAUAACUUCAACAAAGGAGGAAUCUCUAACUAUAGAGAAAUCAGAGACUCACUCAAAAUCUGAAGUGGCAGUACUAAAUAAAGGUCCAGAUAAUGAGUCCCUUCUGUCUCCGGCAACCACAGCUUUUGCACUCAACAGCUCAGAUGGAAACGGGAAACCCAAAUUUUUGACAGAAAUCCCUGAAGAGCAUGAGCAACAUAUCGAAACCAUGCUUCCCUCUGAGUCUCUGGUGGAAAACAGUGACAAUAAGUUUCAAUCUCUGGUGGAAAACAGUGGCAAUAAAUUUCAUUCUCUGGUGGAAAAUAGUGACAAUAAAUUUCAUUCUCUGGUGGAAAACAGUGACAAUAGAUUUCAUUCUCUGGUGGAAAACAGUGUUCAACUUAGUAGUAAUGACGGUGACCAUCAUUAUGAAGUAUCUCAGCAUACCACCAUCACAAAGACCAAUAUAGAGAUCCACUCAAAGCAGCCUUUAAACGUUGAUCAGGGUGCCUUAAUUUCAUCGGUAAAGGAUGCUUUAUCAGUUCAAGAUAAACCAGAUAACAUCACCAACAUCUCUGUGGGAGCAUCUGCAAAUGGCAUUGCAGGCAACCAUACUAUUAUAAAUAUGGAAGCGGGGCAUGAAACUACAGAAACAGCUUCAGCAAAUCUAGAUACUCAAAUCCAGGAAGGACAAGGAACUGAUGCUGCAGAAGAAUACAAAAUUGAGAUCGUUAAAAGCAUUAUAUUUGGGGGUUUAGCUGAGUCAAUUACAAGCUUAAGUGUUGUAUCAUCUGCAACCGGUGGUGACGCGACUACAUUGAACAUUGUAGUACUGGCAAUGGCUAAUCUGAUUGGUGGACUUUUCAUCAUUUUCCACAAUCUUUGGGAGUUGAAAAGAGAUCGUUAUGAGCAAGCCAGCAAUCAGAUAAUGGAGAAACACGUAGAUCGGUAUCGAGAACAACUUGGCCGGAGAGAAAACUUCACAGUGCAUGCUGUACUUGUUGUACUAUCAUAUAUCAUAUUUGGACUAGUGCCUCCCGUAAUCUAUGGUUUCUCAUUCCGCCAUAGCGAUGAUAAGGAACUCAAGAUUGUGGCAGUUGCUGCAGCUUCACUUGUAUGCAUCUUAAUGCUGUCUACUGGAAAGGCCUACGUUCAGAGAGCACCUAAACCUUACUUCAAAACUAUAGCAGCUUAUGUUAUUUUAGGUUUCACGGUUUCGGGUGUAUCGUAUGCAGCAGGCAUACUAUUCAAGAGACUGCUGGAAAAGCUUGGUCUUUUCCAGCCAAGUUCAACAGUAAACCUCUUCCUUCCGGAGAUGCCGGGGAGUGGAGCAGCAUGGGCAUCCUUAUGAAGAGCAGAAUGAUAGAAACCAAAAACUUUUAACCUCCAGGAAUGUCCUCCUCUAGUUCUUUGUGAUUUGCUUUUUUGGCAUUUUGUUUAGCUUUAGUCUCUCCGCUGGUUCUUUAAAGUUACUUAGACUAACACUUGAUAACAAAUAAUAUCUGCAUUACAUCCUUGCAUUAAUAAUCCCUGCAUGAAUUUCAUGUAUUACAAUUCCUGCAUAACUUGUUACUAAAUCAAAUGACCCUGUAGCUGUUAGCGAAUGAAAUGAAUAGAAGCUCUGCUGAGUCUCUGCCUGAA